GUAGAACCUGAGCCACAAUUUGGUAGUAGUCAUCUCUGAGAUACUUUCUGAAAAAUCGAAACCAAGAAGAAAAAUGCAAGCAAUCGGCAGCUAUGGCUGCCUCUGCUUCAAGCACUACCACUCCCUCUCGAAGCUCCUCUCUCCUCCCUCUACUUCUCCAUCGCUUCUUCCUCAGAGAUGCCAUUCGUUCUGUAUCCCCAAGCUUGGAAGUAGCAGCAACAACGCUGAGAACGGGCGAGGAAGAGGCGUGACAGUGAGAGCCUCAGGAGAAGACGACAACUUUGCCCCGAUUACUCCUGUUGAGCUGGAAUCUCCUGUGGGACAGCUUCUGGACCAGAUUCUUAGGACUCAUCCUCAUCUCUUACCCGUCACUGUCGAUCAGCAGCUCGACAAGUUAUCCACCGAAAACGAGAAUCUCAAAGCCGAAUCGUCUUCUUCGCAAGACAGUCUCUCUAAGAGGAUAUCUGAAGUUAAGGAUAAGGAAAAACGUAAAACAUUGGCAGAGAUCAUUUACUGCUUAGUGGUGCAUAGAUUUGUGGAGAAAGAAAUCUCCAUGAUCCCUCAGAUUAAACCAACCUCAGACCCAGCAGGACGGAUAGACUUAUGGCCAAACCAAGAAGAGAAGCUUGAAGUCAUUCACUCUGCAGAAGCGUUCGAGAUGAUACAGAGUCACCUUUCUUCGGUUCUUGGAGACAGAACUGCAGUCGGUCCAUUAAGCUCCAUAGUUCAGAUAAGCAAGAUCAAACUCGGGAAACUCUAUGCUGCUUCUGUCAUGUAUGGCUACUUCCUAAGAAGAAUCGACCAGAGAUACCAGCUUGAGAGAACCAUGAACACACUUCCCAAACGGCCUGACAAAACCAGGGAACGGUACGAAGAACCUUCCCCUCCUUACCCGUUAUGGGACCCGGAUUCCUUGAUCCGGAUCCAACCAGAGGAAUAUGAUCCUGAUGAGUACGCAAUACAGAGGAAUGAAGAUGAGUCGUCGUCUUACGGGUUGAGAUCGUACGUUACGUACUUGGACUCGGAUACGCUUCAGAGAUACGCCACGAUACGGUCUAAAGAAGCCAUGUCGCUGAUAGAGAAGCAGACUCAGGCGCUCUUUGGGCGACCGGACAUAAGGAUACUGGAGGACGGUAAGCUGGAUACGUCUAACGAUGAGGUUCUGUCUCUGAGUUUCUCGGGUCUUGCUACGUUGGUUUUGGAAGCUGUGACCUUUGGAUCUUUCUUAUGGGACGCAGAGAGCUACGUUGAAUCUAAGUACCAUUUCCUCAAGGCUUGAGCCUAGUCGUCAAUUUGUAUGUUGUUUUCCAAGUUAUUAUGUAAAGAAAGAAGACAUUUGUACUUUUGAAUGUAAAUUGUUUCUCUCUCAUGUGAA